AUGGUCCGUGUCGCAGCCCUGAUCACUUUUUUGACUUGUACGGCGCUGUCAUUAGCCCAACAUGAGGAGGGCUACUGCGCUUUCUAUGAGGAGUGCGGUCGUAACCCGUCACUAGGAGUCACUCUCAUUCCUCCUAUCGUCCCCUGUCUCGACUACAGCCGUGCCCGUCACCUCACAGGAGAACACUACAAGAAACUCCAAGAGGUGUGUCCCAUUUUGGACCGUGGAGAGAACAACACAUACGCCUGCUGCUCCAUCAAACAGCUGACAUCCCUGGAACUCAGUCUGACCCUGUCCAAGGCUGUGCUCGUCCGCUGCCCUUCCUGCACUGAAAACUUUGCUCACCUGCACUGCAUCAACACCUGCAGCCCCAACCAGAGCCAGACAGUAAAAGUCACAAAGGUCAUGAAUGUCACUUACCUGGGCAAGAAGAAGGAAGCCGUGGUAGGUUACCAGUCAUUCAUCAGCACCACCUUUGCAGACACCGCCUUCCAGUCUUGUAAAAAUGUCAGGAUCCCUACAACAGGGGGCUUCGCCAUCGCCACCAUGUGUGGUAAGUAUGGCGCCAAGCUGUGCAACGCCCAGCACUGGUACGACUUCCAGGGAGACUCUAGUAAUGGCCUGGCCCCACUGGACAUCGAUUUCAACCUGAUAAAAGAGGGAGACACUGAGGGACUACCAAAGGGUGUGAUUCCCUAUAAUGGACGUGCUCUAAAGUGUAACGAGACCACGCCAUCUGGAGGUAUGGUCUGCUCCUGCCAGGACUGCCAAGAGUCAUGCCCAAAGAUGCCGCCUCCUCCACUUCCCCCCAGCCCCUUCAGACUGCUGGGGACAGACGGCUUCCUUGUGAUUUCUAUCAUCUUACUCUGUCUCCUGAUAUUUUCCUUCCUUCUCUACAUCUCCGUCGCUUGCUGGGUGAAGUCUCGGAAAAGACAGGAUGGAAUGAAAGGGAAGAAAAAGGGGAAAGACCAGAACAGUAAUAAUGUAACUCAGCAGGUCAUUGAUCCAUCAGAGGUGACAUGUGCUGAAAGGAACACCAUGGCUGCCCAAGCUUUCCUAAGCUUAAAGUUUUGCCAGUGGGGAACCCUCAUGGCCACAUAUCCCCUAACGGUGCUCCUGUUGUCAGCUAUAGUCGUUGCUGUUUUCUCUGUUGGCCUGAAGUCCAUUGAGCUCACCACUGACCCAGUCGAGCUGUGGUCUGCUCCCAACAGCCGCGCCCGCCAGGAAAAAGACUUCCACGACACAUAUUUUGACCCUUUCUUCAGGACGAACCAGGUGAUCUUGACAGCACCCGGCAGAAAAGGCCACAUUUACGACUCGUUGCUGUUUGGACCACAGAACUUUAGCGGGCUUGUAUCCAAAGAUCUCAUCAUUGAGCUGCUGGAGCUCCAAAAACGCAUCACGAACAUUGAGUUCUGGUCAGAGGAUUUGAACCGCACAGCAAGUCUGAAGGAUGUUUGUUUUGCACCGCUGAACCCAUCCAACCCCUCCCUGACGGACUGUGCGGUCAACAGCUUGCCACAGUACUUCCAGAACAGCCUGAAAAACAUUAACGCUAAGGUGAACAUGACAGAGCUGGGAGUGACCAAAGAGGUGGACUGGAGAGACCACUUAAUCUACUGCCUCAACUCUCCCCUGUCCUUCAAAGACAUCACUGAUUUAGGUAUGAGCUGCAUGGCUGAUUACGGAGCACCAGUCUUCUCUUUCCUGGCUGUGGGAGGCUAUGAGAAUGACGACUUCACCAACGCUGAGGCUUUCAUCCUGACUUUCUCACUCAACAACUAUGCUCGCACUCAUCCCAAGUUCAAAGUGGCAAUGCAGUGGGAGACAGAGUUUCUUAAAAUUGUCCAGGACUACCAGAAAAACCCUGCCACUAACUUCACCUUUGCAUACAUGGCAGAGAGGUCUCUGGAGGAUGAGAUUAAUCGGACAACAGCGGAGGACAUCCCCAUCUUCAUGAUCAGCUAUGCUGUAAUUUUUGUUUACAUUGCUGUGGCCUUGGGGGAGUACACUUCAUGGAAACGCAUACUGGUGGACUCCAAGUUUCUGGUGGGUCUGGGUGGGAUCCUGGUGGUCGGCUGUGCUGUUCUGGCCUCCAUGGGCUUCUACUCCUGGAUUGGCCUUCCCUCCUCGCUGAUCAUUCUGCAGGUUGUGCCUUUCCUGGUGCUGGCUGUCGGAGCUGACAACAUCUUUAUCUUUGUUCUGGAGUACCAGAGAGAUGUACGGAGGUCUGGAGAGAAGAGAGAGGAGCAGAUUGGGCGUGUUCUUGGAAACGUGGCUCCCAGCAUGCUUCUGUGCAGUCUUUCUGAGUCUGUCUGCUUCUUCUUAGGGGCCCUCUCUACAAUGCCAGCAGUGAAGUCCUUUGCUCUGUAUGCUGCUCUGGCCGUGCUCAUGGAUUUCAUCCUUCAAAUCACAGCCUUUGUGGCGCUGCUGUCCCUAGAUGCCCGACGCCAAGACAGCAACCGCUGUGAACUGCUCUGCUGUGUUAAAGUGUCAACCAAGCGGCCCCAAAAGCCAAAUGAGGGCUUCCUGCUGCCCAUCAUGAGGAAAUACUACGCCCCUGUCCUGUUGCACCGCUACACCAGGAUCAUAGUGAUGUUGGUUUUCAUCUUCAUGCUCUGUGCAUCAAUGUUCCUCAUGUUUAACGUGACCGUGGGUCUGGAUCAGGAGCUGGCUAUGCCUCAGGUCAGUGAGCACUGCUAUAUAAAUACAAAUAUGCAUGCACGCUGCUUUUUCAGUGUAACCUUACAAAGAUUAUUCUGUUUUUUGCAGGGCUCUUAUAUGCUGGAUUAUUUCCAGUACCUGUACAAAUACUUUGAAGUUGGAGUCCCUGUUUAUUUUGUAACAAAAAGGGGCUUCAACUUCACCACUGUGGAGGGCAUGAAUGCAGUCUGCUCCAGUGUGGGCUGUGAUCAGUUCUCGCUAACCCAGAAGAUCCAGUACGCCACCAAUUACCCUGAACUAUCCUACUUGGCUAUUCCUGCUAACUCCUGGGUAGAUGAUUUCAUCGACUGGCUGAACCCUGGAUCCAGAUGUUGUCGUCUGUACACCAUCGGUCCAAAUGCUGGAAAGUUCUGUCCUGCAAGUGUAACAGUUCCUUUUGUCUGUGGCAAGAAGUGUAUGGAUAAACCUUCAGAUGGCGUCCUCAGGCCCAGUGUGGAACAGUUCAACCGAUUCCUCCCCGACUUCCUGGGAAACAGGCCUGACCUGCAGUGCCCCAAAGGUGGCCUUGGAGCCUAUGACACGGCUGUGGUGAGAGAUGAGAGUGGAGAAAUUAUAGCCUCUCGGUUCAUGGCUUACCACACACCUUUAACCAACUCUCAGGAGUUCACUGCUGCACUGCAGAAGUCCAGGGAGCUGGCCUACAACAUCACCAUGGGCAUGAGGAAAAUACCAGGCACCUCACCUGACUUUGAAGUAUUUCCUUACACGUUGACUAACGUAUUUUACGAGCAGUACCUGACGAUUGUUCCAGAGGGGCUCUUCAACAUCUCCCUGUGUCUGCUGCCGACCUUCGUGGUGUGCUGUCUGCUGCUGGGUUUGGAUCUGCGCUCCGGUCUGCUCAACCUAAUCACCAUCAUCAUGAUCGUUGUGGAUACCGUUGGUGUCAUGACACUGUGGGACAUUGAUUAUAACGCAGUGGCCCUCAUCAAUCUGGUCACGGCAGUGGGAAUCUCUGUGGAGUUUGUGUCCCAUAUGACAAGAUCCUUUGCACUCAGCAGUAAGCCCACACAUGUAGAAAGAGCUAAGGAGGCUACCGCCAACAUGGGCAGCGCGGUGUUUGCUGGUGUUGCUAUGACCAACCUGCCAGGCAUCCUUGUGCUGGCGUUUGCCAAAGCGCAACUCAUCCAGAUCUUCUUCUUUCGAUUAAACCUGGUCAUUACACUUUUGGGGUUGGCUCAUGGACUUAUAUUCCUUCCUGUGCUGCUCAGCUACUUUGGUCCUGGUGUAAAUAAAGCAGUGCUGCUGCAGCUCCAGCAGGCCAAGGCAAAGGCCAGCCAGGAUCUGGAAAUGAGAAACAAUAUGAAACACGUCUAUGAUAACAUAAACUUUGAAGAUAACGAGAUAAAAAAACCCUACAAAGAGGAGAGAAUUGACCGUUUCUGAGCACCAACAACAAAACAAUGUUUAAGCUCUGAUGAGUAAAUACCUCUGUAACAAACUGAACACGGAUGGACACUUUAAAGGAGAGAGAUAGCAAACAAGGAGUCAUGUAUUUGGCUCUGUAUGGAAAUCAUUAACUGAACUAUGUACCUCAAUCAGAAAUGGACCAGUGGGACUGAAGACAGUGAAACAAUGCAACAACAACUUUCAAUGCAAGAGUGGGUGAUUGCAAUGAGAAUCAGCCUUCCUGUCUCAACAUGUGAAAAACUGCAUGUCUGUCUUCACAAGCACUGCAGCUGGGCACGA